AUGUCAUCGGCAGACAAAUCGAGGCAGUCGUCUGGGGGGCGAUCCCUUUUCUCCAGAAGUAAGAACAAGGACAGAAGAACGACAGAUGUCGACCACCUCGACGCCCCGAGCGCUAUGAGCUUUCGAGCCUCACGGCACAAAAGAGAUUCGUCCUCUGUAUCCAUAGAUAUACCUGCAACUGCUGAUCCGGGAGUCAACAUGAUGGCUGGAGUGAUAACAUCGAUCCCCUAUGAUAAUAUUCCUCCUGGUUCACGAUCUCCGAUCCCCGUCGAUUACCUCCCCAAUUCCGACCAAGCGCCAGCACGCCGAGAUCCCUUACCUCACCAACUUAACAAGAGCGGCAUGGACUUCCACCAGUACCCCUCGUUCGAUCCGGCAACCCCUCGGCCGAGGGAAUCCAAUAUGACCAUGGCUUCGACUGGUCGGCAGGCACAGUUACAGCAAUGGGGUCCUGCACGAGGAAGUGUUGCUAGCACAAUCAACGGCUCACACACGUCACGAUACGAAUCAUAUCUGAGCGCCAACGACGGCCGCAGCUCCUAUGACACCCAAAGCUUAUAUUCAGGUAAUGCUAGCAAUCGAGAUGUUGGAGGGAUGAUACGCUCAUCGCAGUUAGCAUUACCAAGCGCCUCGUCGCAGAGCUCCUACGGCUCCCACCGCGACUCUAACCGACUCACCAAAUUUCCGGGUCCUUUUCUCACCGCACACGAAGGCUUCCACUUUCCGAAACCAGACGAUGAUAACGUUAUCGAGCAAAUGUUCUUGCAGCUCAUGCAAAAACGAGGAUGGCACAACCUGCCCGAGCAAGCUCGACGACAAAUGAUGGCCUACCCACCGCAAAAGAAAUGGACACUCCUGUAUCAAGACCGCCUGACGGAGUGGCAGGGAGAACAAAAGCGACGGCAAACUGCUCGAUCCAACCAGUUUUCAGCACCAGAUAUUACGACCUACUCCGACGAGGAGGGUACGCCAGAAUGGUAUGUGCGAAAGGUCAUGGAAGACAAGCUCGACACCAAAGGACUGGGAAGUCUCGAAGUCAACUUGCGGACACAGCAAAUAGGUUGGGUAAAGCGGUUUGUCGAGUGUCAGGGACAAGUCGCUUUGGUCACGUUGCUACUAAAAAUCAACCGCAAGACAUCCGCCGGACCGCCUCCCGACAGUUUACGAGCCGAGAAGAACAUGGACAAGGGAUACGACAUCAUCAAGUGUCUCAAGGCGCUUAUGAACAACAAGUUUGGUGCCGACGAUGCCUUGAUGCAACAAAAAGUUCUAGUAGCACUUGCGACCUGUCUCAUCUCGGCACGAAUCACAACUCGAAAGCUCGUGAGCGAAAUUCUGACCUUUUUGUGCACCUGGGGUCGUGAAGGUGAGGGCCAUGUCAAGGUGAUCCAAGCCCUGGACGAGCUCAAGACCCAAUCCGGGGAAAAUGGCAGAUUUGAUGCUUGGAUGCGCUUGGUGGAGGUUACCGUCGAUGGCCGAGGCAAGAUGGGCAGUCUGGUCGGCGCCAGCGAAGAAGUACGAACAGGCGGUAUUGGCAUGGAGAAUCUGCUCAUGGAAUACGCCGUCACGACUAUGAUGCUCGUCAACAUGCUGGUUGAUGCUCCGGAGCACGAUCUUGAACUUCGAAUUCAUAUUCGAGCUCAAUUCACGGCAUGCGGAAUCAGGCGGAUCCUGACCAAGAUGGAGGGCUUUCAAUAUGAGCUCCUCGACAAGCAAAUUGAGCGAUUCCGGACCAAUGAGGCGAUUGACUAUGAAGAUAUGCUUGAGAGGGAGAAUAGCAGCAUGAAGGAUAGCGUCGAGGGCGAGGUCAAGGAUCUGACUGAUCCAGUUCAAAUUGCCGAUGCCAUUCAGCAACGCAUCCAAGGAAGCAAGGCACAAGACUACUUUGUGUCGGCACUGCAGCAUCUCAUGCUCCUCCGUGCUCAAGAUGGUGAAGAACGUCUGCGCAUGUUCCAACUGGUUGACUCAAUGCUGAGCUACGUCGCCAUGGACCGGCGCCUGCCCAACAUGGAUCUCAAGCAAAGCCUCAACUUUACCGUCCAAAGCUUGCUUGAUAAGCUUCACACGGAUUCAGAGGCUCGGCAGGCCCAAGAUGAGGCUCUCGAGUCGCGGCAGAUAGCAGAAGCCGCCAUGGCCGAGCGUGACGAAAUGCGGGCCAGGCUGGAGCUUGGAGCGGAUGGGCUGGUCAAGAAAAUGCAAAAGCAACUUGACGAGCAGGCUCGGUUUAUUGAAGCUCAAAAGAGGCAAGCAGAGGGCCUCAAAGCAGAGCUGAGCAAUGUCCAAACCGUCCGCGCCAAGGAAGCUCAAAGGAACGAGUUGGAGACGCGAGAGUUGUACCUAAUGUUGAGAGAUGCGCAAGAUAUUGCAGCCUCCAAUGCUCUCAAAAGCAACAAGCCAAGCAGCGGGGAAAAUGAUAAUGGUAUCAACACCAAGGAAACCGCCACCCAGAUGCAGGGCAUUCUGGAUCGCGAGAGACUCAUGGAGCGCCUUCAAAUGCAGUUGGAGCGGCAAAAGACGCAAUACAAGCUGGAAGGACGUGUCUGGGGCGAUGCCGGCGGUCCUUCUGACCGGUUGCGAGCCUUGCGGGAAGAAAUGGACGACGACAACCUGGAAUCACCCGCUGGCAGCGGGACACCUCCUCGCGAUUUCACCAACAGCGUCUUGGGCAGCACCAUUCGCCAGACAAGGAUCCCUCGGAAACCACUGUACUCUGACAGAAAUGGCGAAGAUGAAACUAUUACAGAAGGCGAAGAAACCGAGGGCGACGAAGGUGUCAUUUAUGAGCGUCCUCGUAUCGUUGAGAUGAAGCGGCCCAUGAUUGAUCCUAAGCAGCAAGCCGGUCUAGUUAACGAGAUAGGCUCCAAGAUCAAGAGAUAUGAGGGCAGCGACUCAGAAGAUGUAGAUGGCGACGCCACCCCAUCUCAUCCCAGCUUGGAGUCCUCAACACCAUUGACUUCAGCCGAUGGCGAGACGCCAAAGCCCGAAUCCGUAGCAGCAGCAGGCCCUCCUCCUCCUCCACCACCACCUCCGCCUCCGAUGCCAGGUCAAGUCCCUGGUGCUCCUCCUCCUCCUCCUCCUCCUCCACCUCCGCCACCGCCUAUGCCUGGCCAGAUCCCGGGUGGUCCUCCUCCGCCGCCUCCACCACCUCCUAUGCCUGGAUCGGGCUCGGCCGGUUCCAUGCCACCGCCACCGCCGCCUCCGUUGCCGGGAGCGAUGCCUUCGGGCAACUUCUUACCCCAAAAGUCGACCUAUACCACACCAACCAUUGGUCUCCCAGUUGCACGACCAAAGAAGAAGCUCAAGGCUCUGCAUUGGGAGAAGGUCGAUACACCCGAGACGAGUCACUGGGCCGCACAUGCUCCGUCUGCUGAAGAGCGCGAAGAGAAGUAUAAUGAGCUCAGCAAAAAGGGUAUCUUGGACGAGGUUGAGAAACUCUUCAUGGCAAAGGAGAUUAAGCAGUUGGGCGGUGGAAUGGCAAAGAAGGGAGACAAGAAGCAAAUUAUUUCCGCUGAUCUGCGCAAGGCAUAUGAAAUCGCUUUUGCCAAGUUUUCACAACAUUCUGUGGAAAAGAUUGUGCAGAUGAUCAUCCAUUGCGACCCGCAAGUGCUUGACAACCAGGUCGUCAUGGAGUUCCUGCAAAAGGACGAUUUGUGCAAUAUUUCCGACAACGUAUCGAAACAAAUGGCACCAUACAGCCGAGAUUUGACUGGGCCCGAUGCGAAGAGCCUGGAACGCGAGCAGGACCCCUCAGAGCUGACAAGACAGGACCAAAUCUACUUACAUACGGCGUUUGAGUUACAUCACUACUGGAAGAGCCGUAUGAGGGCUUUAUGGCUGAGCAAAAACUUUGAGGCGGAUUACGAGGAACUCAACCAGAGAAUUAACCAGGUUGUGACAGUUUCAGAGAGUCUUCGCGACUCCGUGUCGCUCAUGAAUGUCCUCGGCCUGAUUCUUGAUAUUGGCAACUACAUGAACGACGCCAACAAGCAAGCGCGUGGUUUCAAGCUCAGCUCUCUUGCCCGAUUGGGCAUGGUCAAGGAUGACAAGAACGAGUCUUCUCUGGCCGAUUUGGUAGAGCGAAUAGUCCGAAGCCAGUACCCCGAAUGGGAGGGAUUCGCCAGUGACAUUGGUGGUGUGGUGACGGCCCAAAAGGUGAACGUGGAACAGCUGCAGACCGAUGCCAAGAAGUACAUUGAGACGAUUCGCAAUGUGCAAAUGUCGCUGGAUUCGGGCAACCUCAGUGACCCGAAGCAAUUCCAUUCCGAGGACCGUGUGAGCCAAAUCGUGCAGCGAUGCAUGAAGGAGGCCCGACGCAAGGCUGAGCAGAUGGAGCUGUAUCUCGACGAAAUGAUGAAAACAUACAAAGACAUCAUGGUAUUUUACGGAGAGGACCCCACCGACGAAAAUGCCCGACGAGACUUCUUUGCCAAACUGGCCAACUUUUUGAUGGAGUGGAAGAAAUCCAAGGAGAAGAACAUGCAGCUUGAAGAGAUGAGGAGACGUAAUGAGGCGUCGAUGAAGCGCAAGCACGCCGCUCAGAAGGGGGCAGCGGCAGCAGCACUUGGCGAAGGAAGUGCUUCACCAACAAGUACGGGCGCCAUGGACUCUCUGCUCGAGAAGCUCCGAGCGGCGGCGCCACAGGCACGGGAUCAGAGAGAUCGAAGACGUCGCGCACGUCUCAAGGACAGACAUCAAGUGCGUGUGGCUUCAGGGCAAAAGAUUCCCGACCUGAACGAGAUACCCGAGGCCGAGGCCGGCUUCCAAAGCACGGAGAAGACGAUUGACGAGGAGGGCAACCCGGUCGUUAGCCCAGGUCUGAGCUCACCGAGAGAAGGCGACGAUGAUGUUGCUGAUCGAGCCGCGGCCAUGCUGCAAGGCAUGCGGGGUGAUGGAGACGAUGAUGCGGUAAAGAGGGAAAGCCUGCGGCAAGCACGGAGGCAAACGGCAGAAGAAGAGCGUCGGUUACGAAGGCGCAGGAGAGAGAAGGCUGGCACCAGCCAAAUAAGUGAGACCACCAAGGAAGAAGCAGCCGUUGAAGACAGUACAAUGGCCGACGUACCAGAAACGGUGGACGAAGAGGCGGAGAAAGACACAGAGACAGAAGAUGGGCAUAAGGAGGGAACAAAGGACGAAGAGACCAAGGAGUCGUAG